UGGAGAGAAUGACUUGAACUCCAAGUCAGGGCGAGGCAUGGAGGCUCGAAGGGCGAAGGCUUAGGCCUGCUCAUCGAAGCUUUGCUCGAAGAAAUUAGAAAACCAAACCAGAAGUCGCCGCUUGCUUGCUUGCUUGCUUUUGUCUCACUGUGGGCUGGGUAACAUCUGGCUAUGUCUGGAGUUAGAACUCUUCUUUCUCGGUCGGGUUUUGGUGCCAUUGGUUCAUCGUGUUGCAGAUCUACUUCCUAUUCUAGUAUUGAUAUUUCAAGAUGCCUCUCCCAUUAUUCUCCAAUAGCAUCUCAGAUUUGCUCAUCAAACAAGGUGGAAACCUCACCUUUGAUACAUAUAGGGAGGACCAUGGAAAAGGUUCCUUUCUCAUCACUUUCACAUGGCAGAUUUUAUAUGCCUGAUUCUUCUUUGGCAUCUUCAAUCAGAUCCUCAAAAGGAAUUUUGUUUAAAGGCAAGCUGCAUCAUCAACACAAUGUGUUCCCAUUUUGUGUCAGUCCAAUAUUUCACAAUCGAGGAUAUUCAUCACAUGCUGGUAGCCAACAAUCCAGUCUUCAAAAUGGUGCUGAAGUUCCUAAAGUUCCCUCUGCAGAAUCUGCAACUAAUGGAACUACAGACUCAGUAACUGGUGAUUGGACUGAUGCCUUGAAUAAUCUUUACCAAUCUGCUAAAGAUAGCACUGUUAUUGCUGAGCAAAAGGCUAAAGAAGUGUUUGAUUCAGUUACGCCCUAUAUAAAGGAUCUAUAUGAUUCACAGCCAUAUAUGCAGCAAGUGAUAGUUCCAAUUGGUGGAACUAUGUUUGGUACUUUAAUAGCGUGGAUGAUCUUGCCCAGGAUUUUGAGAAAAUUUCACAAAUAUACAACACAAAAUCCUCUUGCGUUACUAUCUGGAAGCCCGACAAAGGAACAAGUUCCUUAUGAGAAAAGUGUAUGGGGUGCCGUGGAAGAUCCUGCAAGAUAUUUAGUUACCUUCAUGGCAUUUUCUCAGUUGAGUGUGAUGAUUGCACCAACAACUACGCAGUACCUUUCUCAAGUUUGGAGGGGUGCAGUUGUUCUUUCAUUUGUAUGGUUUCUUCACCGGUGGAAAACCAACCUUUUUGCCCGGGCUAUGGCCAAUGUAUCUACAACAGGGCUUGGGCUUGAUAGAGAGAAGUUAUUAGCAUUGGAUAAAUUUUCAAAUUUGGGCCUACUUAUUCUGGGAUUGAUGGCAUUAGCUGAAGCCUGUGGUGUGGCAGUGCAAUCUAUUCUAACUGUUGGAGGCAUAGGGGGAGUUGCCACUGCAUUUGCUGCAAAAGAUAUCCUUGGAAACAUGCUUAGUGGACUAUCCUUGCAAUUCUUGAAGCCCUUUGCAGUAGGGGAUAGCAUAAAGGCUGGAUCAAUUGAAGGACAAGUUGUAGAAGUGGGACUCACAACCACAUCCUUGCUAAAUCCUGAAAAGUUUCCUGUUAUAGUUCCAAAUUCACUAUUUUCCAGUCAGGUAAUUGUGAACAAAUCUCGUGCUCAAUGGUGUUCAUUUCUAACAAAAAUACCCAUUUGCACUGACAACAUCGAAGUGAUUCCCUGUGUUUCUGAGGAGAUAGUUACCAUGCUGCGAUCAAACCCAAAAGUAAAUCUAGAGAAAGAUGCUCCUUACUGCUUCCUUUCUUAUAUUGAAAGCUCAUUCGCAGAGCUAACUAUAGGCUGCAAUCUCAAUUAUAUGAAAAAGCCUGAGGCUAGUGCUACCGAACAAGCUAUUCUCCUCGAAGCAGUUCGUAUUAUCAAGCAACAUGGUGCUAAACUAGGUGAUAGACCAAAGUAAACUGACCUUCCAUACAAAAGUAAAAGAGGUUGCCCCAAGUGGUUCACAGAUUAUUCGAUGGAUGGUGUGUUUGGCUGUAAUUUUUCCUGACAUUUCUCUAAAACAAAGAACUUGAGGAAAUGAAAUGAAAGGAGGGCACAGUUUGAUCUCUGAGAGAGAUAUUUUUGGUGUGUAAAUUUAUUUGCCAGAAAAUUCCUUUGCUCAAAUACAGUUCACAAGUUCCUUUAAAAUUGUUGUUUUGAAAACUCAGAGAUUUGAGGAGGUUGAUGUACACUCAUUUGUUGUUUACCUCGUGAUUCCAUUUCAAUGAAGUUGUUGUUCUCACUGUGACUUGUGA